GUUCGCCAAGAGGGGAGAAACGAAACGACGUUGGAUUGCCGUUGCCCCAACACAAUUUCUAGAUUAGUUACAAGAUUUCUGACACAAGUUGCUCACAUACAACAGGCGUAGCUGCGAAUACGAGACGACAUCACAGCAAUGACGGGCAUCAUUUCGAUAUUAUCAAGACAAUUGCCGCGCAGCGUGCAGAAUGUGGGUCUCAAAACCGUGCGAAAUCAUGAAUUGCAGCUCAGCGCCCGUCAGUAUUCCCAACUAGCUAUUGUUGCGGCAACUCAGCAACAGCAGCAGCAGCAGCAACUGUUGCGUCGGGAGGCGCCUUCAACUCUGCGUUGCCAGGAUGCGAUGCGGGCGUUGGGCUGGCAAAGCUUUCACACUACCUCCAACUUGUGCUCGGCACAGGUGGUGAAGGUGCCUCCGUUCGCUGACUCCAUCACCGAGGGUGACAUUAAAUUUACCUGCAAGGUGGGCGAUUCGUUCGGAGCCGAUGAGGCCGUCAUGGAAAUUGAAACCGAUAAGACGACGAUGCCGGUGCCGGCUCCCUUUGCUGGUUCAGUGACGGAAAUUCUAGUCAGCGACGGAGAUACGGUUAAACCCGGUCAGGAGCUUUUCAAAAUGACGCCCGGCGCGGCUCCAGUCAAGGCCGCUGGUGCUCCUGCCCCGGCUCCAGCUGCACCCAAGGCAGCUCCCGCACCAGCAGCAGCUGCAGCACCCAAACCAGCAGCUGCGCCAGCUGCUGCACCAGCUGCGCCCAGAGCAGCACCACCACCGCCACCACCACCAGCAGCACGCCCACCACCAGCUGCUCCACGUGCCGCUGCCCUGCCCCCAGCAGCUAUGGCUCAGGUCAAAAUGCCACCUGUAGAUGGAUCACGUCAGAUUUUGGGCACACGCUCCGAGCAGCGUGUGAAGAUGAACCGCAUGCGCCAAAAGAUUGCGGCCCGCUUGAAGGAUGCACAGAAUACGGCUGCCAUGUUGACCACCUUUAAUGAGAUUGACAUGAGCUACGCAAUGGAUUUCAGGAAACAAAAUCUGGAUGCUUUCGUCAAGAAGUACGGCAUCAAGCUCGGUUUCAUGUCGAUCUUCGGUAAGGCCAGCGCCUAUGCUCUGCAGGAUCAACCUGUUGUCAAUGCUGUUAUCGAUGGCCAGGAUAUUGUGUAUCGUGAUUAUGUGGAUAUCUCAGUGGCUGUUGCCACGCCCCGUGGUCUGGUCGUUCCUGUUAUCCGUAACGUAGAGGGUAUGAACUAUGCGGAUAUUGAGAUUGCAUUAGCUGGCUUGGCCGAUAAGGCGAAGCGGGAUGCUAUCACCGUGGAGGAUAUGGACGGUGGCACCUUUACCAUUAGCAACGGCGGUGUCUUUGGAUCAUUAAUGGGCACACCCAUCAUUAAUCCACCUCAGAGUGCUAUCCUUGGCAUGCAUGGCAUCUUUGAGCGUCCCAUUGCCGUCAAGGGCGAGGUCAAGAUACGCCCCAUGAUGUACAUUGCCCUGACAUACGAUCACCGGAUCAUUGAUGGUCGUGAGGCAGUGUUGUUCCUGCGUAAGGUGAAGGCUGCCGUUGAGAAUCCAAGUAUCAUUGUUGCCGGUCUGUAAGGACAGUCGAAUUUGUUAGUGCUGCGUCCACGUUGUUCUGUUGAUAUUAUCUAAUUGGCAACUUACAAAAUAAGGAAGCACACCCAAAUUGUUUGUAUAGAAUCAGAACCAAUUUUUCAUUUAAUGUAAAUUAUUUUAAAUUUUCGAGAGUGUCACAAAUCGAUCAACAUUUUGGUUUAACAUUAGCGAAUAACACAUACACACACUCACAUGAGACACUUAAUAAAAUUAUAAUGCGACGUGGAACUGUUUUCAAAACUUAUCCUAUUUUAGUAUAUUUAUUUUCUGCACCUAAAAAAAACAAUGUAAUCUGCACCUGCCCGAGAUGCAAUAUCGUUAAUAAAUACGAUAUCGUAAUCGAUACUCAACCAAGUGU